UUUAAUGAGUUUUUAAAAAAAGUGUUACAGGAAAUCUAUUUGUUUUAUUGUAUGUGAAUGGAAUUUAUGAUCAAUUUGUUUGAUUGUAACUAUUUGAAUCUCCAAUUCAUGAAAUUGGAAACUGAUUUUUUUUCCUGCACAAACUUUGUGACUGACAAAGUGCAGAUUUAUCAUCACAUAGAAAGCCUCCCUUUAGGUCGGCCAAUUACUUUGGAAUUCUUUAUUUUUUUACUUAAGACAACUUUGCAGGUUUCAAUUUUGAUUGUUGAACUUUAGGGUAAUCAAAUGAUCUGAGUCUCUGAGUCUGAUUUUAGAUUUGAAUUUUUACUGGAAAUAGUUGAGUAGAUCCAGGGAACAAUUUCUGAAAGUGUAAUUUGUUAUAUGCAGUCUAAUUAUAUUUCUGAUUUAUUUGCUUGUACAAGUGCUCAUAUAUCAUAGCAUCUACAUAUAUUUGUUACUUUACUAAAUGAGAUCUUAUUGCAGGUGAAUGUCAUUUUGAUGUCACUGGAAGCGGUGUUUCAUUUUCUUCGGUCGGCCCUCCCCACUGUGGCAGCGGUGUUCUAGUUAGUUGCACUCUUUUCGCAGAGAAAGAGAGAAAUAGGAAUUUUCUUCGAUCUGAAGUAGUAGAAGAAGAAAAAGUUAUUCAGUAGAGAGAGAAACUAGUGUGUGUGAGAGAUAGAGCAAUGGCUAGUUUCAGUCCAAAGAGAGCAACGGCAGAGUUAAGACAUUCAUCAAGUUCAUUAGGUAGUAGAGCUUCAUCAUCACCAUUAAAAAGAGAAGGAGGAGACCCAGAUAUAACACCAUUAAUAUCACCUGAUAAUCAAUCUCCUCAUGAUGAUGAUGAUAAUAGACACUCUAUUAGAGAUUACAGUAGUAGACCUUUUUGGAUGCCUAAUUAUUUCUUAUGUCCUGAUGAAACUAGGGUUUCUUCAACUUCUCUGUAUAACUCUAAGAUCUCACUUUCUCUUCUCUUAUUUGUAUUUAUUGGUGCUCUGAUCUGUAUCCCCACCAUCUGGAAUCGCUUAAAUGCUCCUUACCUGUGCAAGAAAGACGGAAUCGUGUUACAGUGUCCUCGUGUAAAGGAGUCACCUUCCCUAUGGGAGAAUCCGUACUCUGCAACGACAUCUUGGAAGCCUUGUGCGGAGCGUCGUGAUGGAUUCUCAGAUCUUCCUUCAGAGAAUGAUACAAGUGGUUAUGUGUUGAUUCAGGCUGAAGGUGGUUUAAAUCAACAAAGAAUAGCUAUUUGUAAUGCUGUGGCUGUGGCCAAGAUAAUGAACGCCACUCUUAUUUUGCCAAUGUUGAAGCAGGACCAGAUUUGGAAAGAUGAAACAAAAUUUCAAGACAUCUUUGACGUGGAUCAUUUCAUUGACUACUUGAAGGAUGAUGUUAGAAUUGUACGCGACAUUCCAGACUGGUUUCCUGACAAAGCAGAGCUAUUCACAAGUAUAAGACGCACUGUGAAAAACAUUCCAAAGUAUGCUUCAGCACAGUUCUACAUUGAUAAUGUACUCCCAAGGAUCAAGGAGAAGAAGAUAAUGUCUCUUAAACCUUUCGUAGAUCGACUGGGGUAUGAUAAUGUUCCCCAGGAAAUCAACAGGCUUAGGUGCCGGGUGAACUACCAUGCCCUGAAAUUCCUUCCUGAGAUCGAACAAAUGGCUGACAGAUUAGCCUCAAGGAUGAGGAACCGCACUGGUGGUUCAAAUCCUUACAUGGCUCUUCAUUUGAGAUUUGAGAAAGGAAUGGUUGGACUAUCUUUCUGCGAUUUCGUAGGGACAAGAGAUGAAAAGGUUAAGAUGGCAAAAUACAGACGGAAGGAGUGGCCACGGCGGGUCAAGAAUGGAUCCCAUCUUUGGCAGCUGGCCCUGCAGAAGAGGAAGGAAGGACGAUGCCCCCUUGAGCCAGGGGAAGUUGCUGUAAUUCUUCGAGCGAUGGGAUACCCUAAAGAAACUCAAAUUUAUGUCGCUUCUGGACAGGUUUAUGGUGGACACAAUCGAAUGGCCCCACUUAGAAACAUGUUCCCCAAUCUGGUGUCUAAGGAAGACUUAACUAGCAAAGAAGAAUUGGAUGGAUUCCGUAAGCAUGUUACCAGCCUUGCAGCCCUCGAUUUCUUGGUGUGCUUGAAGUCAGAUGUGUUUGUAAUGACUCAUGGAGGCAACUUUGCUAAGCUUAUCAUUGGGGCACGGAGGUAUUUGGGUCACCGGCAAAAAUCAAUAAAGCCAGACAAGGGGCUAAUGUCCAAGUCCUUCGGUGAUCCUUACAUGGGAUGGGCAACCUUUGUCGAAGAUGUUGUUAUCACGCACCAAACAAGAACUGGUUUACCUGAAGAAACCUUCCCUAACUAUGAUCUAUGGGAGAAUCCUUUGACCCCCUGCAUGUGUAAAGCUUGAUAGAAAAUUGACAACUCCUGAUGCAAAGUUUCUAACAGGGGUUCUGUCAUGUCCCAGUUAUGGGCUGUCCACAUUUUAGUUUUGCAUGUUUAAUUUCAUUACUCUCAACCAAAAUCUACUCGUACAAGGAUUGAAC